CUUCGAUCUGAGAGCCUAUCUACAAGUCUACACCAACAUCAGAAUGCAAGCCCCCGUUGUAUACAUCAACGCUAAUACUGAAAGACAGAGUGGGCGUCAGGCGCAAGUGGCCAACAUCACGGCUGCCAAGGCUGUGGCUGACAUUAUCCGCACUUGCUUAGGCCCCAAAGCCAUGCUCAAGAUGUUGUUGGAUCCUAUGGGCGGUAUCACUUUGACUAACGAUGGACACGCUAUUUUGAGAGAGAUUGACGUCUCUCAUCCUGCGGCAAAGUCCAUGAUCGAGCUAAGUAGGACACAGGAUGAGGAGGUCGGCGACGGCACCACCACGGUGAUCAUCUUGGCAGGUGAGAUUUUGGCCCAAGCUUUCCCGUAUAUUGAGAAGAACUUGCACCCUGUGGUAAUCAUCCAAGCAUUGAAGCAGGCUUUGGCGGAUGCUUUGGAGAUUAUUCACUCUGUUUCCGUUGCAAUCGAUAUUGAAAACGAAGAGGCUAUGAUCAAGUUGAUCAAGGCUUCCAUUGGCACUAAGUACAUCAACAAGUGGUCUCAAAAAAUGUGCGAAUUGGCCUUGAAGGCCGUGAAAACCGUCACUGUUGAGAACGGCGACCAAAAGGAGAUCGAUAUCAAGAGAUAUGCCCGUGUGGAGAAAAUUCCCGGGGGAGAGGUUACCGAUUCCGAGGUUUUGGAUGGUAUCUUGUUGAACAAAGACGUUACGCAUCCAAAAAUGAAGAGACGUAUCGAGAACCCUCGAGUCAUCUUGUUAGACUGUCCAUUGGAGUACAAAAAGGGAGAAUCUCAGACAAAUAUUGAAAUCACCAAGGAGGAAGAUUGGAACAGAAUUUUACAGAUAGAAGAAGAGCAGGUCCGGGUUAUGUGCGAGCAGCUCUUGGAAUUCAAGCCUGAUGUGGUCAUAACUGAGAAAGGUGUUUCUGAUUUGGCUCAACAUUAUUUGUUAAAGGGUGGUGUCACUGCAUUGAGAAGAGUUAAGAAGUCCGACAACAAUAGAAUCGCCCGUGCUACUGGUGCAACCAUCGUGAACCGUAUAGAAGACUUGAAAGAGUCUGAUGUCGGUACGAAGUGUGGGCUUUUUAAGGUCGAGCUCAUCGGUGACGAAUAUUUCACUUACAUGGUUGAGUGCAGAGAUCCUUCUGCUUGCACUAUUUUGUUGAGAGGUGCCUCGAAAGACAUUUUAAACGAAAUUGAGCGUAAUUUGCAGGAUGCCAUGGCCGUUGCCAGAAACGUCAUGUUUGAGCCUUCUUUGAGUCCUGGUGGAGGUGCAACCGAGAUGGCCGUAAGUGUAAAGCUCUCCGAGAAAGCCAAGAGUAUUGAAGGCGUUGCACAAUGGCCAUACCAGGCUGUUGCCGAUGCUUUUGAAGUGAUCCCAAGAACAUUGAUCCAAAACUGUGGCGGCAAGCCAAUUCGUAUCUUGUCGCAAUUAAGGGCCAAACAUGCACAAGGCGAGCAUACUUACGGUGUAGACGGGGAUUCCGGCAAAGUGGUUGAUAUGAAUGAUUAUGGUAUUUGGGAGCCAGAAGUUAUCAAACAACAGUCGAUCAAGACCGCAAUUGAGAGUGCAUGUCUCUUGUUGAGAGUUGACGAUAUCGUCAGCGGUGUUCGUCAAGCAUAAACGCCAUUAAGAUUGUAAUACGGAAAUACAGAAAAAAGAACAA